GUUUUUAAGACAAUGCUUAAGUGUAUAGCAAUGGUACCUCUGGUCUCCUUUUUAGCAGCUCUCAGAAUACUGACAGAGGUAUUGUUCGUAACACAAAAGCUAACAAAAGUGAUAUUAAACGGAAUCUCAAGGUUUGGUAAUAACCAGGCGGUCAAAGAAGUGAUAACAAGAAAUGAUUUGCCGAUUAAAGUAUUAGAAGAAUGUAUGCGUCGGUGCCAAGAGGACAGACUCACAGCCAUUCAACACUGUCUAUCAUUUGAUUACUCUCCCGGUCGAAGGCGGUCCAGUCCUUUCAAAAGUCCUCAAUCAUAUAACAUAAAACAUAUUCUCAUAUACUAUUCAAUAAUUUGUAAAACAGCGGCAAAAGUUAGUACUCAGUGUCCGAACCGUUUGUAUGUAUUCGAGAGGAUUCCGGGCUAUAAGUUAGAGACAACGGAUGACAAAGAAAUACAAACUAAGAAUAGGACGGAAUGUGAGGACAAGUGUUUGAAUGAACACUCGUUUGUUUGUAGAGCCGUUACAUUCAAUAGAAAGACAAGUAAAUGCAAACUCUCAUUUCUUUGCGCUAUAUGUUUGGGUUUCCGGAAGUUUCACCUGGGGUUGAGCCUAAUAUACCUCUUAUAUACGGAAGGAAACGAAAUGUGUUCGUGGAAUGCAUUCAUUCUGGAAACGGCUAAACAAUUGGAUGCAAUCUAUGAAAGAGUUUUAAUCACUGCCAAUGAGUUCCAGGAGUGCUCUACGGCUUGUUUAGAGAGUUUGGAUAAACACGGCUUUCUUUGCCGAUCCUUUAUGUUUGAUGAGACGGGACAGACAUGUAUUCUAUACGAUGAGGACCCACUGUCUUACGAAGAGGUCCAAACCGAGUCCACACAAAGUAUCCAACAAUUUAAAAGCAGACCAUUAAAGCCUUCGCCAGGAAACCUAUACAGAGUUCUAUGUGUUAGCGAUGAGAAAGAUGUGUUUAAACCGUCACUUUGUUUAGACGAAUCACUCCGAAAUGCAACGGUUGAGUGUUAUCGCAGUAAACGUCUUAAGGGUAGACAUCAGGUAGAGAUAGGGGUCUAUAGUUUCUUCGAUUGUCUUCAAGAAUGUAUGCAACGAUUCCGAAGAAGUUGUCGUUCUGUUGAAUAUUCUUCUCUCAAGAGAAUGUGUCGAUUCAGUAGUUUUGAUGGCAUUGGCACAAAUCAGUCAAAUUUAGUCGACGAUAAAAAUUAUGACUUUUAUAAGUUCAUGUGGUGUAAAUGCUCGUUUCCCGACCAAAGGUAUCGCCACGAGGACCUUACCGGUCAGGAGGUCUUCGUAAUAUACCUCCUCCUAAUCAACCCUGGGGUAACACAUAUCAAGGCAGAGACCAUCAUAGGGGCGGCUUUUCUUAUGACGAAUAUGGACCGGGAGGUUAUACAUCUUCUCGAAGAACAUUUAAUGCUAACUAUGGGGCUUCCAAUCGUUAUCCUGGUUAUGGUGUUCCACCUUAUGGUUCAUUCAGUCAACACACAGCAACUCAUACUAGUUAUCCAAUCAGUACAAGUGGAGGUACUGGCACUAAUGGUGCAGGUGCUGGUCAGCCACCUUUAUGCACAAAUUUCACCAAGCGCGGCUGUCCUAUCUCCUGACGCUCGCGCGGACAUGACUCUGGGCUCUAAAACAAACGGGGAUAACUGCGAAUUGAGUCAUUUUGAUUCAAAAGAAUUCAAAUACGAUAAUCCCGCUUAUUUUGAGCACAAUUCACAGUAUGACUACUACGAGCGCUCAGACAUGUCUGCAGGACCCGGACCGGGACCGGCCUCUGCCAGCGCCGACUGUAUGGAAGUCACGCAGACGUGUACACCCGAGGGAAUGGAGUUUAGUUUACGUACUUCUGAGGCUUUUUACGGAAGAAUAUAUACGUAUGGCUUCUAUGACUCGUGCUUUUUUGAUGGCAAUGGGGGCACAACUAGUGUCCUCAGAAUUAGUCGCGCGAAUGGCUUUCCCCGGUGUGGCACUCAGCAAUACGGAGAUGCCAUGACUAACAUAGUGGUCGUACAGUUCAAUGAUUACGUGCAAACGAGUCGAGACAAGAAGUAUAACCUGACCUGUUAUUUCUCGGGACCGGGAGAAGCAGUCGUCACUUCCAACUACUUGGACACCAAGACUGACGGACGCCAUCCCACACAAAUAGAGCACCUGCCGGCGCAAAAUAUACUGACCUCCAAUGUUGUAUUGCGAUCAAUACUUACUAAUAUAGUAAUUGUGUUACGCCAUCCCACACAAAUAGAGCACCUGCCGGCGCAAAAUAUACUGACCUCCAAUGUUGUAUUGCGAGUCCUUUACAGAGGAACUCCGACCAAUACCAUUGUUGUGGGAGAUUUGCUUACAAAGGCUAAUCUCCGGUCUCCUAAACGCCCAAAUGUUAUUGCAAAGGAUCCAUACACUGGACGUCAGGUGCAUUUGGUUGAUUCCCGAGGAUGUCCAGUCGAUCUUUAUGUGUUCCCUGAGUUGCAUAAGACACCGGACGGGGCUCUCGAAGCAGAAUUUUAUGCCUUUAAGAUUCCGGACUCCAAUUUCCUUGUAUUUCAAGCCACUGUGCGAACCUGUAGAGGUCCAUGUGAACCGGUCAUUUGCAACGACAGAGGCCGAGGUCCAGGGUCUUUCCCAUCGUGGGGUCGUAGGAAGCGAGCCGUCAAUUCAACAAAGGAGUCAAAGGAGUCGACGCAACCAAAGACUAAUUCAACGGAUGAAGCAGAAGAAGUACACGAACNUUUGUCACGAGAAGACGUACCGCCGCCCGAAAGUAAAGCACAAUCGGCUCAAACACCUACUCAGACAACUGUAGGCAAAGUCUCGUCAAAGGUUUGCGUGUCUCAGACCAGGUAUUAUGUAUUAGUGACGGCCCUAACAAUUCUUACAUCAAUUCUGAUGGUCAUGAGUGCGACCGUAGCUCUCGUGUACUUCAAGAGAACUAAAUCUGCGACAAAACAAAUUGAUUUCGUUGUUCCCGCACAAACAAAUGGCAACUUCUAUGUGAAUCAGUACCGAACGCCGCAAUCGUUGGCCUCACACCACAAGUUUGACGAUCCGAGUGAACCCAUAUAUACUGAUCCCUCACUCUUUGAGCGCUCGCGAAGUCUGAGGAGUCUUACUGUUUCCAACUCCGCGGACGUCCGGUCGGACCAACUGUCCCAACUGUCCCACCAUUUGCCCGAUCAAUGA